CACAGCUAGUUACAUAUUAAUAGAAAAAUAUUAAGAACUCUCUCGGCUCGAAUCGAGCUCCGUCCAUAGAAGUUUCUCGAAGUGAGAAACAAGUAAAAGUAAAAUAUACAUAAACAAAUAUCCGGGGAAGAAAAGAUCGGAAAGUUGAAGAGCCGAGAGAGAGAGCGAGCCAAAGACAGAUAGUAAAGGAGAGAGAUGGUAGUCAUCGAACUAGAUACGAGUUCGGAGAAGAAGCCCACAACGGCGGCGGAGGGUUACGCAUCUGACGGAUUCGAAACCGCCAGUGAAAGCGAUGUGAUUAACGAUGAGAAUGAUCAUCACAACAACAAAGAUGAGGAACAAAUUACUCGAGAUGAUGAUAAUGAUCAAUCCGUGCCUGUCACCGGAGAAGAUAUUCAUCCUUACCAUGAUUCUCUCACCGACGAUCAAAUUCAUCAGAAAGCUUUAGAAGAAGCAAAUGAUGCAAAAUUACGAGGAAAUGAGCUGUUUGGAAGUACACAGUAUGAAGAUGCUCUUUUGAAGUAUGAUCUUGCUCUACAACUUGUAUCUGAGGUGCCCUCAUCAGAUGAAUUACGUUCAGUAUGUCAUGGAAACCGUGGUGCAUGUUUCCUAAAGAUGGGAAAGUAUGAGGACUCGAUCAAGGAAUGCACUAAGGCUCUAGAACUAAAUCCUGUAUACAAAAAGAUACUGCUUAGAAGAGCUGAAGCUCAUGAAAAAUUGGAACACUUUGAAGAAGCUGUUGCUGACUUAAAAAAAUUUCUUGAAAUGGAACCUUCUAAUGUUGGGGUCAAGAGAUCUGCCAUUCGUUUGGAGUCAUUGGCUAGUGAAAAGCGUGAGAAGAUGAAGGAAGAAAUGAUAGGAAAGUUGAAGGACGUGGGAAACACUAUACUGGGGAAAUUUGGGAUGAGUGUAGACAACUUUAAAGCUGUCCAAGAUCCGAAGACAGGUUCCUAUUCUCUCUCAUACCAGCCUUAGAAUCAGUUUGACAAUCUUUUCAUCAGAGGAGGUCCAUGUUAGAAAAUACGACGAAGUACUCGAUGUAGUCUACAAUUUGGGACUAUUUUCUACUAUCUGGUGAUUGGUGUAUGAUUCAAAAUUUGUCACUGUUGUUAUUUUGAUCGUAAACCCUAUAUAAUAUCAUGAAGUUGUUUUUUCAUUA